AUGUCUUUAUUAUUAUUAAUAACACCUUUAAUAGGAAUAGGUUUAAUUACAAUAGAAACAAAUUAUGGAUUAAGUUUAUUUAAUGAAAUAAAAAUAAAAUCAAUAGCCUUAUUAACAUCAAUAAUAAAUUUAAUAAUAUCAUUAGUAAUGUUUAUAAUAUUUGAUUUUAGUAGUAAAAGCUAUAGCUUUAUUGAAGAACAUUACCAAAUAAGUUAUUUUGAUAUAUAUUUAGGUGUUGAUGGUUUAUCUAUAUAUUUUGUUUUAUUAACAACAAUAAUUAUGCCUAUAGCAAUAUUAUCAAAUUGAAAUUCAAUUACAUCUAAAAAUGUAUUAUCAUUUGUAGUAAUAAUGUUAUUAUUAGAAACAUUAUUAUUAGCAGUAUUCUUAGUACUUGAUGUAUUAUUAUUUUAUAUUUUUUUUGAAAGUAUAUUACCACCAUUAUUUUUAUUAAUAGGAUUAUUUGGUUCAAGUAAUAAAGUAAGAGCUAGUUUUUAUUUAUUCUUAUAUACAUUAUUUGGAUCAUUAUUUAUGUUAUUAUCAAUAAUAGCUAUGUCUUCUAUAAUGGGAACAACAGAUUUUGAUGCAUUAUCUAAAUCAAAUUUUAGUUAUAUAACUCAAUUAUUUUUAUUCUAUGGUAUAUUUAUAGCUUUUGCUGUAAAAACACCAGUAAUUUUCUUAAAUACUUGAUUAUUAAAAGCUCACGUUGAAUCACCAUUAUCAGGAAGUAUUAUUUUAGCUGGUAUAGUUUUAAAAUUAAGUUUAUAUGGUAUAUUUAGAUUAAUUUUACCUUUAUUACCUAAAGCUUCUAUAAACUAUACAUAUAUUAUUUAUGUUAUAGGUGUAAUAACAAUAUUAUAUGCUAGUUUUAGUACAUUAAGAACAAUAGAUAUUAAAGAACUUAUUGCUUAUUCAUCAGUAUCUCACGCUGCUGUUUAUUUAAUUGGUGCCUUUAGUAAUACAAUUCAAGGUAUUGAAGGUUCAAUAGCUUUAGGUUUAGCUCACGGUUUUGUUUCAUCAGGUUUAUUUAUUUGUGCAGGAGGUAUUUUAUACGAUAGAUCAUCUACUAGAUUAAUUACAUAUUAUAGAGGUUUAGCUCAAAUUAUGCCUAUAUUCUCUGUAUUAUUCUUUAUAUUAUCAUUAGGUAAUAGUGGUACUCCUUUAACUCUUAAUUUCUUAGGUGAAUUUAUGUCAUUAUAUGGUGUAUUUGAAAGAAUGCCUAUAUUAGGUGUAUUAGCUAGUUCAUCUAUAGUAUUCUCUGCUGCUUAUACUAUAUUUAUGUAUAAUAGAAUAGUUUUUGGUGGUUCUUACUCUGUUUACUUUAAAGAUAAUAUAGGUGAUGUAACUAGAAGAGAAUUUAUAAUGUUAUUAAUAUUUGUUAUCUUAACUGUAUUAUUUGGUAUUUACCCAGCACCAAUCUUAGAUGGAUUACACUAUUCAGUUUCUUCUUUAAUUUAUAAUGUAAAUUAA